AUGCCUCAUCAAGGGCUCCUCGGGAUGGAGAAGAAAUCAGUCGUCAUCAUUGGUGCCGGCGUAGGAGGUUGUGCCUCUGCUGCACGUUUGGCGAAAGCGGGGUUCAAGGUCACCGUCGUCGAGAAGAAUGAUUUUACAGGUGGAAGAUGCUCCUUGAUAUACGAUGGCGAACAUAGAUUCGACCAAGGGCCGUCUCUUCUCCUGAUCCCCGAACUAUUCCAUGAAACUUUCGCAGAUCUUGACACCACGAUGGCAGAAGAGGGUGUUGAACUCCUCCAAUGCAACCCAAACUACCAAGUUUUCUUCCACGAUAACGAAAGAAUUGUACUUUCGAGCGAUUUGGCGCAGAUGAAGCCUGAGAUCGAGAAAUGGGAAGGGAAAGACGGAUUCAAACGCUAUCUUUCUUUCUUGGCCGAAGGGCAUGUGAACUAUGAGUUUAGCCUCAAGAAGGUUUUAAGAAAGAACUUCCCGUCCUUUCUGAGCAUGAUGCGGCCAACUCUAUUGAAGGAUAUCCUUGGGGUCGCAAUAGCCACAUCUCUAUAUACCAGAGCGUCAAGUUAUUUCUGGACGGAUAGGCUGAGAAGAUGCUUUACCUUCGGUUCGAUGUACCUGGGAAUGAGUCCGUAUGACGCCCCAGGAAUUUACUCUCUUUUACAAUAUACAGAACUUGCGGAAGGUGUCUGGUACCCCCGUGGUGGGUUCCACAAAGUUAUUGACGCUAUCGUUAAGAUUGGCAAAGGAAUGGGCGUAGACUACCAACUGAACUCGCCCGUUUCGUCAAUUCUCCUGUCCGAAGAUGAAAAACAAGCUGUUGGUGUAGUAUUGCAGUCCGGAAGACACAUCCAAGCCGAUAUCGUUCUUGUAAACGCAGAUCUGGUCUACGCAUAUAAUAAUCUCCUCCCGGAAACGAAAUAUUCUAGAAGUCUAACGAAACGUCCGGCUUCGUGUUCGAGUAUAUCUUUCUACUGGUCUAUGAACCGAACGGUCGACGAGUUGAGCGCACAUAAUAUCUUUCUCGCAGAACAUUAUCGGGAAAGUUUUGAUGAUAUAUUUAAGGAACUCAAUAUGCCGGAUGAGCCGAGUUUUUAUGUUCAUGCACCGGCGAGGAUUGAUUCCACCGCUGCCCCGGAGGGUAAAGAUUCAAUCGUGGUACUUGUACCCACGGGUCAUCUCAAUGAUAAUGACGAUGGGAAGGGAUUCAAAAGUACAGAUGACUGGAACAAAAUUGUGAACAGAGUCAGGGACUUAGUCAUCGAUACAAUUGAGAGGAGAACCGGCGCCAGGGAUUUGAGAGCUGCAAUUGCAUCUGAACAAGUGAAUACUCCGACCACGUGGCGAGAACGUUUCAAUCUCGAAAAGGGUGGAAUUCUUGGACUGACAAUUGACUUUUGGAACGCCCUUGCCUUCCGACCGAAGACGAAGCACUCGACGAUUUCUGGACUCUACUUCGUUGGCGCAAGUACUCACCCUGGUACUGGUGUGCCUGUUUGCCUAGCUGGAGCGAAGAUUACGACAGAACAAAUACUCGACGACUUCAAAGUGGGGAAACCAUGGUCCCCGGCUACCCCACCAAACACACAUGCAAAACAAUCGGGAUCUUCACUAGAUAUUGAACGGAUUGGCAGUAUUUCUGGGUUGGAAAUAUGGCAGAGGAUUAUCCUAGCGGUAAUUUUGGGGGCUUCUAUUACGAUUAUCUUGCAGAGAAUCUUCGGGUAG